CGUGCUCUAGUUGCGCGAAUCAAAAAGUUCCGCCUUCAAAGAGUUAUCGACAAAAUUCUGGCAUUCAGUAAGAGCAGUUCAAUUAGCCAUCGGCUUUCUGCUACCUUUGAUCCAAUGCGGUGAUACAAAUCCGCUGCACCUGGUCGGAGCCAACGACGGGAAUGCAUCAGGUCUUGAGACGCAUUCGAUACUCUCCAUCUCCGAUCCGAAGUCCAUCAGAUCUAAGCUGCAACGUCCUGACAGCAAGUUUAGCCCGCUCCUCAACUCGGCCAUCGUCAUCCGCUGCCCUAGUGUUUCCAUCUGUUGUUCCAAGCUUUUCAGCUCGCCGCUUGUUUGGGUCUGGAGCCGCAUCACCAGGAGUGGCACAGAAGCCGUGGAGUAUCGCCACUUCCGACGAGCCGAUUCUUUCCUCGAUUCCUCUCGAACGGAGCAAAGAUGGAGAGCUGGGGCAGGGCGAGUUAUAUCGAGAUGCGCCACAGGACCUGUCGUGGCCGGACUCCGUAAGGUCGGAAACCUCGGAACGACUUACUCUGCAGAAUGUCGGGCUUGACCCGGGACUCGACAAAACAUCUCUGAAGGAACCUCAUGGGGUUGUGAAGCAAUACAGCGACGCGGAUGAUAAAUCUUGGGACCUCUUUCUAAGCUUCCGUGGCACAGGAAACUUUUUACCUAUCGUCGACCUUCAUGCCGAAUCUUUCCGGAACAAUAUCUUGUCGGCGGCAUUGAACGAUUCAACCCGAAUGCUUGUGUUUUACGAAGUCGCACAACACCUUCGCAACGAACUCAAAUUUGAAUGGCCUGAACUAUACACCCGAGUUCUUCACUUUUACCUUGACCAAGCUGAAUACGAUACUGCGUACCUCUGGCAUUUGCGGUUGAUGUCAACAUUUACCCCCCAUACCAACGACUUCCGUGCUCUUCUUGUCAGUUUCGCCAUUAACCCAGCGCCGGAACUCCAGAUCGUCCUCAAGAAGUUGUACGAACUUAGCUUUUGUCGCAGUGUAUACGACCACCUGAUACCAACCUUGUUUGAGUAUGGACAUUCUCAAACAGCGCGGGCUUGGAGAAAGCAACUUGUUCUCCAUGGAGAUCUUCCAUCUACCCCAAAAUCUCGACCCUUUCUGCAAUUUUGUCAGCAAUAUUACCCUCUCACACAUUUCGCGACGGAAGAGCUGGAGCUUGCUCAUUAUAAUCCUGUCACCGCCGCUACGAAAUUCGAGGACCCAAAUCCCCCAAGGCAUACAACGACCCAACUGAAGGGAGUCUACAGUGACUCUUUUGCGGCCCGUUGGUUUGCUAGCUCCUGGGCCUCUGUGGAGUUUGCUAUCAAUAUGAUGCACAAACUUGGCCUUCGGACCAUCGGGCCACGAUCUCUACAGUCCUUGGCGCUUCGCGAGGACAAUGUCCAAGAAGUCGCAAGCCGAAUACUCCAGCUUGAGGCGCUGGGCAUUGCAAUUACACAAACAAUAUAUUGCAAGGCGUUAGUAUCCUUUGCGAAAGGUCAUCAGCAAGACCUGCUGACCGAUCUGCUGCUGUGUGAUAUCCAUCCAGAGGAGUUUGAUGAUGCCAAGACACGGCGUAUGCUCAUGGAUGCAGCCAAGAGAGAACAAGAUUCGAAGCGGGAACGUUUGCUCCAGGAGGUACAAUGGGCAACACUAGGGCGGCCAAAAAAAGCCAAAGGACCUCCCCCAAAAGACCUUAACCUAAUCCUCAAAAGAACAUUGGCUAGAAGCAACCUUGGACACGCGAGAUUGAUCCUUGACAGAAUGGAAUCUUUGGAUGUCAAGAUGUCGCACGCCAACUCUGCCAACAUGUUGGAACAAGUCUUUGACAGGCUAUGGUAUUUCCCCAAGAAGACUCAACAGAGGCGCUGUGGUGUUGCCGUGGACCCCUAUUUGGAUAGAGCAAUUCAUAUCAUCCGGAGAGUGGCGCGCCACGACGUCGCGAUACCCCUUAGAUGUUGGCGGAUUAUUCUGUACAAUUUGGGUCGCCUUGGACGAUUUGACGAGCUUGAAGAGUUGAGUUACGAGCUUAUCGAUUUGUACGCCUUAGCACCCGAGGGUCUGUUCCCGGUCCAUGGAGAAGACCUACCACCGAAGCACAUAUCGAAGGUUGCCAAGAAGAUUGAAUCAAAGAAAAAGGGUUCUCUUGGUGAAGAUCUUGGCACGAGUGAUAAGGACCCAGAAAACUGGCCACAGUUGUUUCUGGACGAAUUUUGGAGAAACGAGAUGGGCCUGGGAGAUGCUGAAGAGCUGUCUAAGAAACAUUGGCGCAGAGGGAAGAGAACAGCCCCGAAUGACGACGUCCACUACAUCCCAACCGAUCUUCCUCUUUCACAUCAGCAACAUCCAUUGGCGAAGCUGUUCGACGCAUCGCUGCAACGAGCCAUUGUUAGGUGGAGCUUUGACAGGAAGUUGGCUUUGGCACCACACCCUGGAGCACUGUUGCGUGUAACAGAAGCAAGCGCAGCGGGCUUCGACAUAGCGUGGGGGGUAAGGUUCCUCGCGAUACUCCGUGACCAGGGACUUCACAUUGACAGCCAGGUGCUCAAGAGUGUCCUCAUCUCGCGCAUCGUCAUGGCUAAAGUACCCGGUCGACGGAGACAUAGAGCAAGGGAUGACCGAGAGCUUUCACCAAGUAACUUGAAGCGCCUGGCCGACGAGGCCUGGGGUGCGGAGCUUCUCCCACCCCUUCCGCACUUCAUCCAAGAGCUCGAGAACCAUAAACCGAAGCUCUGGGACCGUUACCCCAGGCUUUUGGCGGCGGCGUAUGAAACUGACGAGGAUAGGGCCGAAGAAGAAAAAGGGAUUUGGGGGGCCGAAACGAAUCAAGAUAGACUCCAGGAUAGACAACACACUUAGGCAAGGUAAUGCAAGUGAAAUAUUAUUAACAAAAAAA